AUGUGGACUCGUGAGGGACUCGUCUGGCCGUUUUUCCUGGCACCCGAGGAGGGAGGAGAAUGGUUCAACGGGGCUCACAGAUGUCCAGAGUCCAUAUCCUCAAGCUCACUUGUGUCCUUUCUUUUGGACCUUGCCUUGGAGCCGGGCAACUCCACUGAGCCAAGGCCCCAGCUCAAGUCUCAGACCAGGCCUCAGCCCAAGCUUCGGCCCAGGUCUCAACACAGGACUCAAACCAGGCCCCAGCUCAAGCCUCAGCCUCCCUGUGUUCCGGCGAAGCGCCGUCUGCCUCCUGUUCCCGCAGAGCGCCAGCGCUGUCUGCCUCCCGUUCCGGCCGAGCGCCGUCUGACUCCCGUGUCUCCGUGGGAGGCCCUGCCAACUCCUGUUUCCUCGUUGGAGGUCCUGCUGACUCCUGCGCCCUCGUCGGAGGCCCUGCUGACUCCUGCGCCCCCGUCGGCGGCCCUGCUGACUCCUGCGCCCCCGUCGGAGGCCCUGCUGACUCCUGCGCCCCCGUCGGAGUCCAUUGGAAAGCUGCUCUUGAUAGAGCUGGACAAACAUCCGUUCUUUUUAACCCGUCAAGACGCCUGGUUUCCUAACAAGGUGGAAGUGAAAUCCCCUGAAGGACAAACUUUCAACUUUCCUAUCUACCGCUGGAUCACUGACAGUGAGGUGCACUUUUACAAAGAGGGAAAAGCUCUUUUGGGCUAUGAAGACACCCAUCUUCUUAGCAAGUACAGUCGGGAAAAGGAGCUGAGGAAGCGAAAGGAAGACUAUCAAUGGCAUGUGUAUAAACAGGGAAUCCCCCAUUGCAUGAAGGCAGAAAACACUGAGUCUCUGCCUUUGGAGGUCCAUUUCUCCUUCACCAAGAAAACAGAGUUUCUCUUCACGGCAGCUCAAGGGUUGAUUGGACAGAAACUUAAUGGUCAGGCUGACUGCACAGACAAGUGGACCAACAUGGAUAGUAUCUCCCGGGCAUUCCGCUGCAAUAUCACUGACAUAUCAGACUAUGUCCAGAAACAUUGGAAGGAGGAUGAUUUUUUCGCCUACCAGUUUCUAAAUGGAGUCAACCCCAUGCUGAUCCGACGCUGUACAGCCAUACCCAAGAACUUUCCAGUCACUGAAAGCAUGGUCUUCAUCCAUGGUCUACAUACCCUGGAAAAGGAAUUAAAGAAUGGCAACAUAUACCUGUGUGACUACAAGCUUUUGGAUGGAGUGGAAGCAAACACCAUCAACGGGAAGAAGCAGUACUUGAUGGCUCCCCUCGUCCUGCUCCACAAAAGACCAGAUGACAAGCUGAUGCCAAUCGCUAUACAGCUGAAGCAGACUUCUGGAGAGGACAAUCCCAUCUUUUAUCCUUCAGACACCGAGUACGACUGGUUGAUGGCCAAGAUUUUUGUGAGAAGUGCAGAUUUCAACCUCCAUGAACUUAGUAUUCACCUGCUCCGCACGCAUCUGCUGGCUGAAGUUUUUGCUGUAUCUCUGCUACGCAAUGUGCCCAUGGUGCAUCCACUGUACAAGCUGCUCAUCCCUCACACUCGCUACAGCCUGCAUAUCAACCACAUGGCUCGAAAUCAGCUCAUUUCUGAUGAUGGUGUUUUCACAAAGUUCGCAGCUUGUGGCGGAGAGGGUAUGUUCACAAUCCUGAAGAGCUCAAUGGCCUCAAUGACCUACAGCUCCCUCUGCAUACAAGACGACAUCGCUGAGCGUGGGAUGGACGCCAUGCCCAAUUACUUCUACAUGGAUGAUGGACUCAAGCUUUGGGAAAUCAUCCAAACAUAUUUGAUUUCCGUUUUGCAUUUUGGAAUCCUCGACUGCUACUACAAGAGCGAUGAUGACAUCAAGAACGACUCUGAACUGCAGAAGUGGAUUUCAGACAUUUUUGUAGAGGGAUUCCUUUCAAACGCAAACACAGGAAUUCCCCAGGACUUUUCCACCGUGACUGCGUUGGUCAAGUUUGUCACCAUGGUGAUCUUUACCUGCUCGGUACAGCACUCAGCUGUGAAUUCUGGACAGUUUGACUAUGUUGCCUGGAUGCCUAACGCUCCCAGCUCCCUGCAACUUCCUCCACCAACCACCAAGGGGACAACAAGUGAGGCCACCAUGCUGGAGACGUUCCCUGAUGUCAAUGUGACAGUUCAGGGGAUGGCAACCAUACAUCUUCUCAGCAAUCAGUCCAUUGACUUUGUUCCUCUUGGCAAAUAUCCGGACGAGCACUUCUUUGAAAAGAUUCCCUGCAAGCUGAUUAAGGAGUUUCAAGGAGACCUUGAAAAACUAAGUGAAGUCAUCACAAUCAGAAACAAAAAUCUGAAUGUCCCAUACACAUAUAUGAACCCAACUGUGGUGGAAAAUAGUGUGGCUAUUUAAAUAUUGGAGUGCCUCCUUAGCAAAUCCAGCUUCAUCUUAUCUGAAGUGGAAAAAAGGAGAGCCUUUAGUGGAAAGACACCAUUGUAUAGCCUAUGAUAAUUUAUAGUUAUAGUACUUAUGUGCAGCUUUCAUUGAAAAUGUGGGUUUGAGAGCUUCUUUGUUUGUCAAUGAUUAAACAGGCCUUCUAAUCAAAAUAUUACUUGGGAAAAAAAUGAUUUUACUUUAACACUUAAGAAGUACUCUGUGCCUUAUGGCAUACUGUUCAAAUUACUUGUGCAUUAUUUUAGGGACAUAUUUUAGAUUCAAAGAGUGGGGUUAAAUCAAGGAAAAGGUGGUUUUGGGUAAUCUUAAAACUGUAAAACUGUACUGUACUAUGUCUGUCUAUAUUUUCAUUGGGACAAUUCAAGGGGGCCCAGGUCACUGUCCUGAAGACUGCCUACUUUCUUUCCCACCACAUUUGGCUAGGUUCCUACCAAAACAGACAGCUGUUGAUCUGAGUCAUGGGGGAUCUUGAAGUAGUGAAAAAGUUAAACAGCAAAGGCAAGAUCAUACAGCAGUACUUGGUCC